AUGCCCAGCUCUCCCAAAUCAAGAUUGAAGGUACUUCUGUUGGCUACCUUAAUAACUCUAACUGUUAUUUAUUAUUUCAAGUCGCAAAAUUCAUUAUUACCCAACAAAGACCCAAUAGGAAACUUGAGGUUUGACUAUGAUUCAUACAGGUCUACGGAACAGGAGCAGCAACAGCAACAGCAACAGCAACAGCAACAGCAAGCCCUACUGCUAGCUACUGAGUCAUUAAGUCCACUGGACCUACCAUCAUCACCACCAUCACUACUAGAAGAUCCAAGUAAUCCAAAAAAAUUUCUUGGUGAUGUCAAUGUAGUUCCACCACUGGAGAUCCCACCGGUAUCGCCAGGGAAAAAGGAGCUACUAGGGGUUCCUCCACAAAACUUGUUUCUCAAAACAAUCACCAAACCAGAACCACCAGUACCCAAAGAAUUAACCCAAACAUUGGCAGAUAGCUACAUCAAGCCAUUCAAAGUUAGAAUAUAUUCACAUAAUAUCAAGAAUGGCGGUACUCACGAACUCAUUCCGGGGGAACUACCUUGGGAAGAAAGGGUAAAAGAUAUUACUUCAUCAAUGAAGUUUCAUUCUACUGAAUCGACAAUUUUUACAUUACAAGAGAUUUACAAAUACCAAAUGUUAGACAUUCUUGCUCAAUUAAAUAAAUUCAAGAAGGAGUGGACUUUUUAUGGUGCUGGAAGAAUUAAUGGGGAAGAAUUAGGGGAACUUGUGCCCAUUAUAUACAACUCAAAUUAUUGGGACUUGAUAUAUAAUGACACAUUUUGGUUGAAUGAUAAGGAUCCACGGUCUUCUUUACAAGGUUGGGAUGCAAUUUACACUAGAAUUGCAUCAGUGGUGACCCUUCGUCAUAAACAGCUGAAUAACAUCAUCAACAUAUUCAAUACUCAUUUUGAUCAUAUUGGAACGGCUGCCAAAUUAGGAUCAUCUGAAUUGAUAUUGAGCAAAGUCAAUCAAUUUACUAAAUGGAGUGAGAAUAAAUGGCCCAGUUUUAUUGCAGGCGAUUUCAACAGUGAGCCCAAUGAUGCCAGUAUAAAACAGAUAAAGGAAAUUAUGAUUGACAGUGUCUCAUUGGCCACAGUAGGCAAUAGGUUUGGACAUACCAAAUCAACAGUUACUGGAUUCGAAGGUGAGGUGUUGCGUGAUGGUGGUCAGAAUAUUGAUUAUAUUUUCGCUCCAAAGUAUACAAAACGAAUCGAUGAAGCCGGCGGCGGAAGCGGAUCAAAGUCCGUUUGUGAUAAGAGUAUCAAAUCUAACGUGUUCGAAGAAAAGGCAGAUUUAGCAUUGGUUCAAUUUGGAAUGUUGCAUUCAAAAUUCAAUGGUCGUUACAUGAGUGAUCAUCGUCCUAUAGUUGCUGAUUUUUCCAUCAGCCACAAGUGCCAGGAGUAA